GCUGCCUGGCAGAGGGCUGUGGAGACGGAGCCCGGACCUCGCCGGCAUCAUGCCCACCCCCAACGCCGCCUCGCCGCAGGCCAAGGGCUUCCGCAGGGCCGUUUCCGAGCUGGACGCCAAGCAGGCCGAGGCCAUCAUGUCCCCACGCUUCGUCGGGAGACGGCAGAGCCUCAUCCAGGAUGCCCGCAAGGAGCGAGAGAAGGCGGAGGCUGCAGCCGCAGCCGCGGAGCCUGGGGAGGCCCUGGAGGAGCGGGACGGGAAGGCCGUGCUGAAUCUCCUCUUCACCCUGCGGGCCACCAAGCCCCCCGCGCUGUCCCGGGCUGUGAAGGUGUUUGAGACAUUUGAAGCCCAAAUCCACCACCUGGAGACCCGGCCCGCCCAGAAGCCGCGGGCAGGGGGCCCGCACCUGGAGUAUUUCCUGCGCUGUGAGGUACCCAGCGCCGCCCUGCCCACCCUGCUCAGCUCCCUUCGCCGUGUGGCCGAAGAUGUGCGGGGCGCCGGGGAGAACAAGGUCCUCUGGUUCCCAAGGAAAGUUUCUGAGCUGGACAAGUGUCACCACCUGGUCACCAAGUUUGACCCUGACCUGGACUUGGACCAUCCGGGCUUCUCGGACCAGGUGUACCGCCAACGCAGGAAGCUGAUUGCUGAGAUCGCCUUCCAGUACAAGCAAGGCGACCCUAUUCCCCACGUGGAGUACACGGCCGAGGAGACUGCCACCUGGAAGGAGGUCUACACCACGCUGCGGGGCCUAUACGCCACCCACGCGUGCCGGGAACACCUGGAGGCUUUCGAGCUGCUGGAGCACUUCUGCGGGUACCGGGAGGACAGCAUCCCCCAGCUGGAGGACGUCUCCCGCUUCCUGAAGGAGCGGACCGGCUUCCAGCUGCGGCCCGUGGCCGGCCUGCUGUCCGCCCGGGACUUCCUGGCCAGCCUGGCCUUCCGCGUGUUCCAGUGCACGCAGUACAUCCGCCACGCCUCCUCACCCAUGCACUCCCCCGAGCCGGACUGCUGCCACGAGCUGCUGGGGCACGUGCCCAUGCUGGCCGACCGGACCUUCGCCCAGUUCUCCCAGGACAUCGGCCUCGCAUCCCUGGGGGCAUCGGACGAAGAAAUUGAGAAGCUGUCCACGCUGUACUGGUUCACCGUGGAGUUUGGGCUGUGCAAACAGAACGGCGAGGUGAAGGCUUACGGAGCGGGGCUGCUGUCCUCCUAUGGGGAGCUCCUGCACUCCCUGUCUGAGGAGCCCGAGAUCCGGGCCUUCGACCCCGACGCAGCAGCUGUGCAGCCCUACCAGGACCAGACUUAUCAGCCUGUCUACUUCGUGUCUGAGAGUUUCAGCGAUGCCAAGGACAAGCUCAGGAGCUAUGCCUCCCGCAUCCAGCGCCCCUUCUCCGUGAAGUUUGACCCAUACACGCUGGCCAUCGAUGUGCUGGACAGUCCCCACGCCAUCCGACGCGCCCUGGAUGGUGUCCGGGACGAGCUGCACACCCUCACCCACGCCUUGAGUGCCAUCAGCUAGAUGCGGGUGCCACCCCGCAGGCCCCCGUAGGCCGGCCCCAGGUCUCCUGGCCUUCCCCCCGCCGGCCCCGGCCCCGCCCACAUGAAGGGCUGGCUCACAGGGCACCCCGAGAGCCCGCCAGAGAUCCCCCUGCUGGAGGGCACCCUGCUGCCCCGCCCACUGCUUGCCAGCUCUGCCUGCAGGUGACUUUGUGCUGUGUGCUGCCCGUGUGCCGUGUGCCACCUGCUCCCAGUCUCAAUAAAAGAAAAAAUCCCUCUGAGUGCC